CCGCACGCUCCUAAUCUGACAGCGCCUGGUAAUUAAUCUGGCUCCCCCAGCCGCUGCAAUAGGAUUAGAGGGAGGGGAAGUGCGUCACGAGGCUCCUUGGAAAUUGAGGAAUGCAAUUCUGCCACCAUGAUGGAAGGAUUGAAAAAACGUACACGGAAGGCCUUUGGUAUACGCAAGAAAGAAAAGGAUACUGAUUCCACAGGGUCGCCAGACAGGGACGGCAUCAAGAAAACGAAUGGAGCCCCGAAUGGAUUUUAUGCGGAGAUCGACUGGGACAGAUACAAUUCACCUGAGCUUGAUGAGGAGGGAUACAGCAUCCGACCCGAGGAACCAGGCUCUACCAAAGGAAAGCACUUCUACUCCUCGAGCGAAUCCGAAGAGGAAGAGGAGGCGCACAAGAAGUUCAACAUUAAGAUCAAGCCUUUGCAGGCUAAAGACAUCCUGAAGAGCGCGGCGACGGUGGACGAGCUGAAGGCUUCCAUAGGCAAUAUUGCACUUUCUCCAUCCCCCGUGAGGAAAAGUCCGCGGCGCAGCCCGGGGACGAUUAAAAGGAAUUUAUCCAGUGAGGAGAUCGCGCGGCCCCGGCGCUCGACGCCGACGCCGGACCCCGCCAGCAAGAAAGCCGGGGAGGACCCCGCCGCGCUGGCACCGCUCUUCGGGCCCCCCUUGGAGUCGGCGUUCGAGGAGCAGAAGCUGGACGCUACUCUAGAUCAGCCUGAGAUAUGGGGUUCGGUCCAGCCCGUCAACACAAGCGUAGAGUCCCCAAAGCUACCGAGACCUUUUCCAACUGGAACGCCUCCGCCGCUCCCACCGAAAAACAUCCCGGCCACGCCGCCGCGUACCGGCUCUCCUCUGACGGUGGGAAUAGGAGGGGACCAGACAGCAGCAGAGCUCAAAAGUGACAAACUUCCGUCCAUCAAUGACUUGGACAGCAUUUUUGGCCCCGUGCUAUCCCCCAAGUCUGCUGCUGUUAACGCAGAAGACAAGUGGGUCAAUUUUUCCGAUCAAUCCCCGGAAAACGCGACUCCGGAGUUGACGCCCCGGGAAAAAGCGGGGUCCCCGCCGGUGGCAGCGGGCAGCCCGGCCGACGCUCCAGCGGCCGAGCCCUCUCGCCCUCUCCCUUCGCCGCUCCACCUGGAAGAGGUUCACAAGAAGGUUUCGGAGCAGCCCUACCUUAAGGAUGAUAACUUGGAGCCGGCCGCCUCUCCCAAAGAUUUUGGGCUGGGACAAAGAGCGACCCCGCCACCCCCCCCGCCGCCCACCUACCGGACGGUGGUCUCCUCACCCGGACCGGGCGCCAGCAGCGGCACGGGAAGCACCAGCGGUUCCUCGUCCCCGGCUCGUCCCGGCACGCCGCUGGCCGCCUGCGGUACCCCACCACCGCCGCCGCCCCGGCCCCCCUCCCGGCCCAAGCUGCCCCCCGGCAAGCCCGCCGUCGCCGACGUGUCCAGGCCUUUUAGCCCUCCUAUUCACUCAUCCAGCCCUCCUCCGAUAGCACCUUUAGCCCGUGCUGAAAGUACUUCUUCCAUAUCUUCCACCAAUUCCCUGAGUGCAGCCACCACUCCCACCGUUGAAGAUGAUGCUUUUAUUGACAAACUGCCCGCGUUUGAAAGGCGCUGUGAAAUGCCUGCAGAGAAUGAACAGCCUUCCCUCGUUUGGUUUGACAGAGGAAAGUUUUAUUUGACUUUCGAAGGCUCGUCGCGGGGACCCAGCCCGCUCACCAUGGGGGCACAGGACACCCUGCCCGUCGCCGCCGCCUUCACGGAAACCGUCAACGCGUACUUCAAAGGGGCCGACCCGAACAAGUGCAUCGUGAAGAUCACGGGGGAGAUGGUGCUGUCGUUUCCAGCGGGUAUCACCCGACACUUUGCCAACAACCCCGCUCCGGCGGUGCUCACCUUCCGCGUGCUGAACUACAACAGGCUGGAGCACGUCCUGCCAAACCCCCAGCUCCUCUGCUGUGACAACACGCAGAGUGACGCCAACACAAAGGAGUUCUGGGUCAACAUGCCAAAUCUGAUGACUCACCUAAAGAAGGUAUCGGAACAGAAACCGCAAGCCACCUAUUACAAUGUGGAUAUGCUCAAAUACCAGGUAUCUGCCCAGGGUAUUCAGUCUACUCCAUUAAACCUUGCAGUGAGCUGGCGGUGUGACCCUGCAAGCACUGACCUCCGCAUUGACUACAAAUACAAUACAGAGGCAAUGACCACACCGGUAGCUCUAAACAACGUCCAGUUCCUCGUCCCCGUCGACGGAGGAGUAACCAAACUUCAAGCUGUGCUUCCUCCUGCUGUCUGGAAUGCCGAACAGCAAAGGAUAUUGUGGAAGAUCCCUGAUAUCUCUCAGAAGUCAGAAAACGGAGGUGUGGGCUCUCUCCUGGCCCGAUUCCAGCUCUCGGAGGGGCCGAGCGCCCCGGCCCCCUUGGCCGUGCAGUUCACCAGCGAAGGGAGCACGCUGUCUAGCUGCGACAUCGAGCUCGUCGGCGCCGGCUACCGCUUCUCCCUCAUCAAGAAGAGGUUUGCGGCAGGUAAAUACUUGGCCGAUAACUGACGGAAGCUUAUGCAAGUCUAUGGAAAAUAAUAUGGAAAAUACCCAAGGACUGCUGUGCGUGGAACGGGUUUUAAUUACAGUUUAAGGAAAAUGAACUAAAUCCUGCACUCGGGACAUUUCUGUUGGAAGUGUCGACAACUUUCAGCAUUUUUUUCCUUGGAAAACACCGUCUUGACCAGUCCUACAGUAUUUACUUCUAGAUGUAACAUUGUUAAUGGUUUUAAAAUGUAAUUAUUGUAUUUGUAAAUUGUACUC